GUCGGAACUCAUGUCGAUGCCUCGGAAAUUGGCAGUGGCAGCAGCAGCAGCAACAGCAUCACACAAUGGACACAACAGAUAUUGCUACGACAAAGUCGCCAACCAAACGACAUUCAAAUGGCGUAACCCUUGUCGAGAGACGCACCGACCUUGUCUCGAAAUCCGAGCGCGAGAAGAUUCGGCGGCGCAAGGAAGCCGAGCAACUAUAUGGUCGAGGAAAGAAGGUCAACUUGAAGACUGUCCGGGAUAAGAAGCUGCGUACCAAUCUCAAGAAACUCGAGGGAAAGUACGAGACAGCCGCCCUUCGAGCCAGAGAUGCCGAGAUUUUGCACGAGAACUCGGCGGGCUUCCUCGAGCCUGAGACGGAGCUCGAGCGGACGUACAAGGUCCGGCAGGACGACAUCUCCAGCGAUAUUGCCAUCUCAACUGCACAGAAGCGCUUUGAAAUCAAGUUGGACCAGCUAGGACCCUAUGUAGCCGAGUAUACCCGCAAUGGCAGGGACCUCUUGCUGGCCGGCCGGAAAGGCCAUGUCGCAACAAUGGACUGGAGAGAAGGCAAGCUAGGUUGCGAGUUGCAGCUGGGUGAGACCAUCAGAGACGCGCUGUGGCUUCAUAACAACCAGUUCUUUGCGCUGGCGCAGAAGGACAACGUAUACAUAUACGACAAGGACGGCGUCGAGCUUCACUGCUUGACGAAACAUAGGGAGGUGACACACAUGGAAUUCCUCCCAUAUCAUUUUCUGCUUUGUACGGCGGCGACAAACGGCUGGUUAAAGUACCAAGACACGUCGACAGGCCAGAUCGUCACCGAAGUGCCCACGAAACUCGGACCUCCGACAGCGAUGACACAGAAUCCCUACAACGCGAUUCUCCACGUUGGUCACCAGAACGGCACCGUCACCCUAUGGUCUCCCAACUCCCACGAUGCUCUUGUGAAGCUAUUGGCACACCGAGGCCCGGUCCGCUCCGCAGCGGUUGACCGGGAGGGCCGGUACAUGGUCACCACAGGGCAGGACUGCAAGAUGGCCGUGUGGGAUAUCCGGAUGUUCAAAGAGGUGCAUACUUAUUUCACAAGGCAACCGGGGUCUUCGGUAGCCAUCUCGGACAGGAACCUGACAGCUGUCGGGUGGGGGACGCAAACCACCAUAUGGAAGGACCUAUUCACCAAACACAAACCAGUGCAGGAGAAGGUACAGAGCCCGUACAUGGCGUGGGGCGGCGAGGGAAGGCGCAUCGAAAGGGUACGAUGGUGCCCUCUCGAGGACACUCUCGGUCUAGGCCACGACCAGGGCUUCUCUUCUAUCAUUGUUCCCGGCGCAGGCGAAGCCAACUUCGACGCUUUGGAAGUGAACCCCUUCGAGACGAACAAGCAGAGACAGGAGUCCGAAGUCAAGGGUCUGCUGAACAAACUGAAACCGGAGAUGAUUGCCUUGGACCCGAACUUCAUUGGCAAUCUAGAUCUGAGGUCCGAGAAGCAACGUCAGGCCGAGAAGGACCUGGAUGCCCCACCCGUAAGCGUCGAGGAAGAGAUCAAGUACCGGGCGAGGGGCAAGAGCGGCGCGCUCAAGAAGUACUUGCGGAAGCAGCGCAAGAAGAACAUUAUCGACGAGAAGAGGAUGAAAGUCGAGGACUUGUGGCAACAGCAACAGAAGCAGAGGGAGAAGAAGAGUCAGCACGUGGAAACCGAGUUGGGGCCAGCCCUGUCGAGAUUCGCGAAGAAGGACUAAUUCAGGCACCACCUCAUAUUGCCUUUGUGGGGGGGGGGGGGUUCAGCG